AUGAGUGGUCAGGCGCACGAUCCAGUGAUCCUCGCGCCGGACUCGAGCCCCACGCGCGCUGGGGACGAGUCGCAUGCGAACAAGAAGGUGCGGCAAGAUGGCGGCGAUGCCUUCCGCCGCAGCCUCGACUCCUUCCAGUACCGUGGGCCGGGCGCCGAGAACAACGCGCUGCAGUCCGAGGUUUCGUCCGAGUCGAGCCCGGCUUCGGUGAAGCACAGCAGCGAGGAGAGUGUGCCCGCUCCUCCUCCGUCGCGGCCAAACGUGUACACACCGUCGGACUCCAUCGUGCAAAUCAAGGCGACGCGCCUCGCGCGCCUCUUUUCGAACUACACCGUGGAGCAGUGUGUCGAGGUGCUCCGCGCCUCGAACUACGACCUGGGCGAGGCCAUCGAGAAGCUCCGGCCAAAGACGGUCGCGCAGCCGCCCCCGCCGCCGGUGGCCAUUGCGCCGCAGCCGGCGCAGCAGGUCCAGUAUGUUCAGCACCCGCCGCAGCAAGCAGCGCGGCCGCCGCCCAAGCGGCCUGCGAAGCGCAAGUCGCGUGUAAUGGACGACUCGGACAGCGACGCGUCCAUCGAGUUUGACGGCGAUGAGUCGACCGACGGCGAGGAUGCGUACGACGCCGACGCGCGUCAGAAGUAUGAGCAGAAUCUCGCGCUGGGCUGGUUCAACAAGUGUGACGCGAACAGCAUGGUCGACAGCAUCAGCUGCACGCCGGAGCAGGCGAAUACGAUCAUCGGUCUGCGUCCGUUUGCGUCGGUCGACGAUGUGUACGAGCGCCUGGGCGACAAGUCGGCCAAGGGCGUGUCGCCACGCCUCUUUACCAACUGCGUCGAGCUGAUGGCGGGCUACAUGGAGGUCGACGACGUGCUGGCCAAGUGCGAGGCGGUCGGUGCAGAGCUCGACAAGGCGAUGAGCUCGUGGCAAACGUCGACCGACAAUGGUGUCGACGACGCGUUCGGCGCAGUGAACCUCUCCGAGGUCAAGCGCGAGGGUGUGAACGAUGAAAACUACCUGCAGGAGCAGCCCUCGAACCUCGCCGAGGGCAUCCGGCUCAAGGACUACCAGGUGCUGGGUGUGAGCUGGCUCAAUCUCUUGUACCGCAAGCAGAUUUCGUGCAUUCUCGCCGACGAGAUGGGUCUCGGCAAGACGGCGCAGGUCAUCUCUUUUCUUGCGUACUGCAAGCUGCAGGGCAAGCGCAAAGGGCCGCACCUCAUCAUUGUCCCCUCCUCUGUGCUGGAGAACUGGUCGCGUGAGCUGCAGCACUUUUGCCCGUCGCUCGCGGUCGAGGUGUACUACGGCUCGCAGGCCGAGCGCCGCGAGAUGCGUAUGGACCUGCGCGAACGCAGCGACUACGACGUGAUGCUCACGACCUACGACAUGGCGACGGCCGGCGACGACCACAAGUUCUUGCGCAAGUGCGGCUUCGACGUGUGUGUGUACGACGAAGGGCACAUGCUCAAGAACCGCCGCUCGCAAAAGUACGAGAAGCUGAUGAAGAUCUCGGCGCGCUGGCGCCUCUUGCUUACCGGAACGCCGCUGCAGAACAAUUUGCAAGAGCUCAUUUCGCUCUUGAGCUUUAUCCUGCCCGAGUACUUUACCUCUGCCGAGGAGGCGCUCGCGGCAAUUUUCAAGGUGAAGCCUGGCGCAGGGACGUCGCAGCUGUCGCAGCAGCGUGUUAUCCGUGCGAAGCGCAUGAUGCGUCCUUUCGUCCUCCGUCGGCGCAAGGACAAGGUGCUGCUACUCACGAAAAAGACCGAGACGGUGGAGUACUGUGACAUGACCGAGGCGCAGCAGGACCUGUACCAGGACGCUCUGCAGCGCACCAAGUCGGCGCUCGUCGAGGCCGAAGAGCCGGUGAAGGGCAAAAAGGGGCCAACUUCGCGCGACACGAGCAACGUGCUGAUGGACCUGCGCAAGGCGGCAAACCACCCCUUACUCUUCCGGCGACUCUACACGGAGAAGAAGAUUGCGGCGCUUGCCAAGGACUACAUGCGCGAGCCGGAACACGCCGAGGACAACCUGACGCAUCUGAAGGAGGACUUUGCAAUCAACACGGACGCAGAGCUCUCACUCCUCGCACGCUCGUGGAAGUCGACGCAGAAGCAUGUCUUGCCCGCCGAGGAGUGGAUGAACUCGGGCAAGAUCCAGGCGCUGAAGCGUAUCAUUGACGACGUCCGCGCCAAGGGCGACCGCAUGCUCAUCUUUAGUCAGUUCACCUCGGUGCUGGAUAUCCUGUGCGUGUGCCUCGAGCACAUGGGCGUCCCGUACGUCGGCUUCACCGGACAGACCAACGUCGGCGACCGGCAGCACAUUGUCGACCACUUUACCAACGACACGAGCAUCCCCGUUUUCUUGCUGUCGACACGCGCCGGUGGUCUCGGCAUUAAUUUGGUCGCAGCAAACUGGGUGGUGCUCUUCGACCAGGACUUUAACCCGCAAAACGAUAAACAGGCUACGGAUCGCUGCUACCGCAUUGGCCAGACCAAGCCAGUGACCGUCGUGAAGCUCAUCAGCCGCGGCACGAUCGACGAAGACAUCCUCGCACUCGCCGGGCGCAAGCUCGAGCUCGCCGAGCGCGUCAGUGGAGAAGGCAAGGGCGAUGCCGAGGGCAACGACGAGAUGAUCGAGUCAGAGAUCAAGGGACGCAUCGCCUCAUCGCUCCUCGCACAGGUCCGCGACCGUGCCACGAAGCCGGAGUAG